CUGGUUCAGAGCGAUGUGGGUAGAAGACAGUAGCAGAUUGGUGAGGCCAUUUAAAAUAGAUACGGAUGUUCCGUGUAACAUUUCUCCCAUCUCUGCCUCUUUUCUCCAUCCCUCGCACGAUUAAGAAUCGUGCUGGAAUAUUAUCAUAAAAAGGUGGAGUUUGGUUGGAUUUUGUCGUCUCGCCAUUGGUGCAUUAUCGGCACGUCUAACCAGGGCUUGCAGUCAAGCACAAAGAACAAGCACGCGCCCUGAUUGGUCGGUGUUGAAAAUGAUAGGCAACUAUCGUGAGCCGUCGUCGCCGCGCGGAGAGACCUAGCGUCUCGUUCGCUCAACUUUUCGCCCGUAAUAUCUGUGCAUUGAGCCACGGCUACCGAGCAAUAGAGAGAGAAGAGGAGAGAGAGGAAUACUAAAAAAAAAAAAAAGCACAUCGGGUAAUAUUGUAUCUAUCGUUGAAUUCUUUUGCUAUUACUGUGUCGUGACGGCACAGAGAGCGCAACUACAGAAUACACGCUGUGUGAUAAUCUCUCGACUUUUGUGACCGUGGCUGUUACACGCUACUGUGUGAUACUACUACAAAUAUUCGUCGAGACCAGAGUUUGCAGCGUGUCUGUCUGAAAGUGAAGAUAUAAUCUUACAGCAUCGACCCAUCGAACACACACAAAUACUAGUCAGCUGAUAACACAACACCACAUAUUUGGUGUCCACUUCUGCUGUUUCAAGUCGCCUUGACGGUUUUCUGUAAUUUUAUCCUGCUCUGUUUUGUUGGAAGUAUACUGCAACACACAGCAUGUUUUUAUGCUAUAAAAUUGCACUUUGCCGAAACAGUUCGUCGGAUAUGUUGUGAAUUGUAAAACACUUGAGGAGAAACAUGUCAAGUUGUUUUGUUUACUUUCAACGCAAGUUUGAAGGAGUUUAAAUCGAGGGAUUGUAUUAUUUACAUUCUCCCGAUAUUCAUCGAAUUUUCAUCAAUCUGAAGAAAUUUUACAGCUGUGAAUUGUAAGCUGCGGUGUUUCUGAUCAUAUCUGGAACUGAGAUUUGUUGGAGUGGAGGGUAAACCCGCAAGCGAGGUCGCUUUAUGAGGAGCCCGUGAGCUACCGGUAAACGCCUGCUAACCUCUCCCCGACAAGUCACGCUGUAACAAGCCAUCUCCUGCUGUGCCAAUGUCGCCUUAUCAAGUGCAUCACACAUGUUCUUGCUAAACUUGGAACUGAACCUCUGAUUUGGGGUCCAGCUUACAUACUUGUGGACAAAUUCAAGUAGACGUGAAGUGGAAUAUUGUGGCAGCUCUUUGCUCCACUGACACUACACCGAACCCUUAUCACUCUCAGCGGCCUACAGUCGGCGACGAGCGACUCGCCACAAUAGGGUAGUGAUCGCAGCGGAGGCGAGCGAGAAUCAGCGGCCUUCAUGCUUUAUCACGCCGAUACCAAGCCGCUAAUCCAACCUUCAUAUUACGCCUAAGGGGCGUGAGAAACGCAGCAAGAAAUCUCCGGAAAACAACCAACCAUAUAACCCAUUUUUACUAUUUUCCAUCGUCGUUUGGCGAUCUCAGGCGUCAUCAUUCCUACUCUCGUGGGUAUCCGAUCCGUUGACGACGGGGCGAGGUGGUCGACGAAAAUGGUCCAAGUUUGUGCGGGCUGUGAACGGCCCAUCUUAGAUCGUUUCUUGCUCAACGUACUGGAUAGACCCUGGCAUGUCAAAUGUGUCCAGUGCUGUGAAUGCAAGGCUAAACUCACUGAAAAAUGCUUCUCAAGAGAGGGGAAACUCUUCUGCAAGAAUGACUUCUUCAGACGAUACGGGACAAAGUGCGCAGGAUGUCUUCAAGGAAUCUUACCUAGUGAUCUGGUGCGGAGAGCUCGUAGUAAAGUAUUCCAUCUCAACUGCUUCACAUGUAUGGUAUGUCGAAAGCAACUCUCUACGGGCGAAGAGCUUUACGUGGUCGAUGAAAAUCAGUUCAUCUGUAAAGAAGACUACCUCACAAAGUGCCAAC